CCUAUCAUUCUGCCCUAUCACGUAGGAUGCGGAAGCAGAACAUUCCGAUGACGCGAGGAAGUAGCAACGUUUCCGGGAAGUUUAACUUGCCGCAUCUGAUUGGCUUGGAGCCGAGGGCUGGGACUGCGUAGUUGCCUAGUGAAAAAAAACAAUGGGAAGUGCUUAGGCAGACGUACUGCGCGUGCGUGGAUCACCGCUCGCGCGGAAGAACGAGGAGGUUGGGUCCGGCUACGGUGCGGUGGAGGCGGAGCUGAAGGGGAAGAACGAAGAUGGACGAGCUCCAGACUGCAGAGGAGACUGCAUUUAUUGUGGAUGAAGUUAGCAACAUCAUAAAAGAGGCUAUAGAAGGCACCAUAGGUGGCAAUGCAUAUUUGCACAGCAAAGUGAACCAAUGGACUACCAGUGUUGUAGAGCAAAUUCUAAGUCAGCUAACAAAGCUGGCAAAACCUUUUAAGUAUGUUGUGACAUGUGUGAUUAUGCAAAAGAAUGGUGCUGGACUUCACACAGCAAGCUCUUGUUUCUGGGACAACUCUGCUGAUGGAACCUGCACAGUGAGAUGGGAAAACAAGACUAUGUACUGUAUUGUCAGUGCCUUUGGACUUGCAAUAUGAUUGCCUUGGAAUUCUUCAGCCUAUCUCAUCACUUCCAUUUCAUAGUUCACUAUAAAACUGUGAAUUCACUGAACAACUUUGUGUUUAAAGAACUUUUCCUUCCUGUGAGAGAGUGGGAGAGCAAGUUUUUUGUGGUUACACAGACACAUCAUUCCUUACCCAUUAUCAAUGCACUCUCUGUCUUAACACUUUAAGGACUCUUUCUCAAGGUGCUAAAACCUGAAACCUGCUGCAGUUCUUCACCUUUACUCCACCUAGUUUGAAGAUUUAACUUUUCACAGUUUUUUGUUAUUAAAUUAUUGAUGUUCUGAA